AUGGCCUCGCAAAACAUCUUCCUCAUGCUCUUGACCCAUCUCCUGCUGCUGCUGAAUGGACCGGCCGUCUUGGUCACGGCCAAUCCGGUCUUCUCUCGUGGUCACAAGGGACUGGAGAAAGUCGUCGCGAGAGAUACAGGUUACUGGGUGGGUUCCGUUAAACAUCAAGGCGUGGUAGCUUUCGGGAACAACUCGGCCUACCAAGUAUAUCGCAACGUUAGAGACUUUGGCGCUAAGGGCGAUGGCGUCACCGACGACACUGUGGCCAUCAAUGCGGCCAUCUCGUCGGGUCAGCGCUGUGGGCUGGGCUGCGACUCUUCCACCACCACGCCGGCUCUCGUGUACUUUCCCGCCGGUACCUAUCUGGUCUCCAAGCCCAUUGUGCAGUAUUACUACACUCAGAUGGUCGGUGAUGCGACCAACUUGCCUGUCCUGAAAGCCACCGCUGGGUUCUCUGGCAUGGCCGUCAUUGAUGCCGAUCCGUAUACCGACACGGGCGACAACUGGUACACCAACCAGAACAACUUCUUCCGUGCCAUUCGCAACUUUGUGAUUGAUCUCACAGCCAUGCCCCAGAGUGUCGGAGCCGGCAUCCACUGGCAGGUCGGGCAGGCCACGAGCCUGCAGAACAUUCGCUUCGAAAUGAUCCAGGGCGGCGGGGAUGCCAACAAGCAGCAGGGCAUCUUUAUGGACAACGGCUCCGGUGGCUUCAUGACGGACCUGACCUUCAAUGGCGGCAAUUAUGGCAUGUUCGCCGGCAACCAGCAGUUCACCACGCGCAACCUCACCUUCAACAACUGCAACACCGGUGUCUACAUGAACUGGAACUGGGCAUGGACCUUCAAGUCCGUGACCUUCAAUAGCUGUGGUGUCGGUCUUAACAUGUCGACCUCGCCGUCGAACCAGACCGUGGGCUCCGUGCUGCUGCUGGACAGCAAGUUCGUCAGCACCCCAACGGGAGUCGUGACGGCCUGGACCCGCAAUAGCAUUCCAGUCGGCGCUGGCACCUUGGUCCUGGACAAUGUCGAUUUCAGCGGUUCCACCGUCGCCGUCGCCGGCGUGAGUGGCAAUACGCUGCUCGCCGGAGGCUCAGUUGUGUCGAACUGGGUUCAGGGCAACAGCUACCGCCCGUCGUCGACACUCAACAAGCGCGCCAGCAGGUCGACCGCGGUCGUGGUGGAAACCAUCGUCCAGACAGUGUAUGAAUGCCCCGAGGACGCGGUCACGGAGACCGUGAUACCCUCGCUGCCCACCGCUUCCUCCUCGGCCACCACUGAACUUCGAGCGGGCAGUGCCGACACCGCCAGCCAGAUCUUGCCCUGGCUGUCCUCACUCUCCUUGGAGUUCCCGCCUCUCGGCUCUGCCUUGUCGCUCCCGGGAUUCGACCAGCCGUCCACCACCGCGGAGACCCUUGCUCCUGCAACUGCCAGCGCCUCGACUGGAACCUCGGUCCCUACCGAGCUACCCUCCACUACGGUGAUUCCCACAGCCUCCACGGCCUCCUCCUCCUCCUCCCUGUCCCUGGCCACGGCGAUCUCGUCCGGCGCUCCUCAUGCCUCCAGCGGCUCCAUGCACGGCUCCAGCGGCUCCAGCCAAUGCUCCGCGCGCGCCGUGACCAAGACCCGCAUCCAGACCGCGCUGCCCGCAAGCUCCAAGCCCAGCUCGCUGCUGAACGGCAACGGCAAGGUGUUUGAGCGGUCCAAGCCCCUGUACGAAAGCUACCCAGCGUCGUCAUUCAUCAGCGUCAAGUCCGCCGGCGCGAAGGGCGACGGUUCAACCGACGACACGGCAGUGCUGCAACGCAUCCUGAACGAGGCCAAAGCCGACCAAGUCGUCUACUUUGACCACGGCGCGUACAUCCUCACCGACACCCUCAAGGUGCCGGCCAACAUCAAGAUCGUCGGCGAAGUGUGGCCGCUGCUGAUGGCGUCGGGCGCCAAAUUCUCGGACCAGAACAACCCGAUCCCGCUGCUCCAGGUGGGCGAAGUCGGCGACAAGGGCUCCGUCGAAAUCAGCGACCUGGCCAUCCAAACCAAGGGCCCCGCGCCCGGCGCCAUCCUCAUGCAAUGGAACGUGGCCGAGACGUCCCUGGGCUCCGCCGGCAUGUGGGACGUCCAUUUCCGCGUUGGCGGAUCCGCAGGAACCGAGCUCCAAAGCGACAAAUGCCCCAAGACCCCCGAGUCCACCACCACCCCCAACGCCGCCUGCCUGGGCGCCUUCAUGCUGCUGCACAUCACCCAGCACGCCACAGCGUACAUGGAGAACGUGUGGUCGUGGACCGCCGACCACGAGCUGGACCUGGCCGACCACGCCCAGAUCAACGUGUACACGGGGCGCGGCGUGCUCGUCGAAAGCCAGGGCCCCGUCUGGCUCUACGGCACCGCUGCCGAACACAACCAGCUCUACAACUACCAGGUCACCAACGCCGCCGACAUCUUCAUGGGCCUCAUCCAGAGCGAAACCCCCUACUACCAGGGCAACCCGAACGCGCUGGUGCCCUUCACGCCGCAGACGCAAUGGAGCGACCCGACCUUCGCCCACUGCACCACCAACGCCUGCCGCAAGGCCUGGGGGCUGCGCGUCGUCAACUCCACCGACCUCUACGUCUACGGCGCCGGGCUCUACAGCUUCUUCGAGAACUACGCCCAGCAGUGCAUCGGCACCGACAGCUGCCAGCAGAACAUGGUCGAGGUCGACUGCUCCAAUGUGCACCUUUACGGGCUGAGCACCAUCGCGAGCCAGAACAUGAUCACCUCGUCGGGCGGCCAGUCGCUUGUGCCGGCCGAGGGAAACGAGAGCACGUAUUGUUCGACGAUUGCCCUGUUCGAGCAGUCUCAAUGA